GGAAAGUCACGCACAUCGUGGGGCUGAAUUUCCAGUCCGUCCAAUCCUCCGCCAACGAAGUAGCGCAACCGCAAGAAUGGUCAACGUCCCCAAGACCCGCCGAACCUACUGCAAGGGCAAGACCUGCAAAAAACAUACGCCCCAUAAAGUGACACAGUACAAGAAGGGCAAGGAUUCAUUGUUCGCACAGGGGAAGAGACGUUACGACCGUAAGCAAAGCGGUUACGGUGGUCAGACGAAGCCGGUCUUCCACAAAAAAGCCAAAACAACGAAGAAGGUUGUUCUACGUCUAGAAUGUACAGUCUGCAAGUACAAGGCACAGAUGACACUGAAGAGGUGCAAGCACUUCGAACUUGGUGGUGAGAAGAAGACUAAGGGUGCCGCUCUGACUUUCUAAUCAUCUGUUCUUCGUGUUUCUAUGUACAUCAUGCUCUCGCAAUGACUAUGCAAUCACUGUACCUUUGCCCAUGCCUCAUGUCGUUCGUCUCUUUCUUCCAAAAUACGGAUGAAUUCUGAAAUCUGGACCACCCUGAGAUUUACCAAUGAUAAAGCAGUCAUAUAUAGCUACCAUGAGUACAUCAUUAGAAUGAGCAAGACGUAUUGUAGAACCCCGAUUUCCUGAGUGCUGACUCAGUGGAGUUUCAUUAUGACCAUGGCGCGCAGAUUGCGCGCGGGGGUUG